AUGAAUCAAACCAUCACGCUCGGCAUCCGCGCCGCCCAGGCGCUUCUAGGCAUCAUCGUCUUGGGUCUCACAGCAUACGUUGCCUCUAACUUCUGGAGCCUCAGUACCUCCAACUUCAUGCUUUUUAAUGGCGUCUGGACCGCCUUUAUCGUCGUGCCAUAUAUGGUCCUCGCCCCGAUGUUCUUCCCUGUGGCCGCCCAUAUUUUUGCCAUCAUCGCUGUCGAUGCUGUUACAAUGAUUUUCUGGUUCGCCGGUUUCAUCGCGUUGGGCGCCGAUCUGCCUGGCCCCAAAUUCUGCCGCUCAAGUCCUUGCCACUCCCUGCAAGCCGCCACCGUCUUUGGUGCCUUUGAAUGGAUGUUAUUCACUGCCACCCUCGUGUUUGCCGCUCUCCCUGUUAUCCGGAACCGUGGAGGCCCGAAGCCAAACGAAGGAAUCCAACCAGCCGUUUAA